AUGGUCGGUGCUGGCUCCGGCAGGUGUAUGCCAUGCAGCACGGCAUCGUAUGGUCCAGUUCCAGGAACAUCCAGCGCCUUGAGGAGCACUAGGCUCAGGCCUAGGCAUGCCCUUCCUCCGCCGCAGUCCUUGACAGGCCAUGGCCUGUUGGGCCUGUCGGGCCUGCAGCGGCACGGAACGCGGGUCCUGCGGCAUGGCUUGCCCGAAGUCGCCGCACUCUCAGAUUGUGCCCUGGUCGGUGCUUUGAACCGGCCACGAAGCGCGCCUGGUCCAUCAGCGCGCUUGGUGCAGGAAACCGAACGGCUUCGUGCAGAGCUGGAGGCGGCCAGAAACGAGGACCUCGAAGGUAAGGGUGGAGCAACUCGUACAAGGCUCCAAAAGGCCCUUCGGCGUCUCUCCAAUGUAGAGGCAGAGCUCGAGGCGGCGCAAGAUGAUCAAGAUCAAUAUCCAGUACCGAGCUACUUGGAGGAGGCGGCCAACAGUGGCAAAAUUAUGCUUGCCAUCACUGGGGCGUCUGGUGUUGGCAAGUCAUCCUUGGUUAAUGCAUUCCGGAGGCUCCGGGACACCGAUGCAAACGCAGCAGCGACUGGAGUCAAAGAGACUACGAUGGAGCCAACCAUGUACAGUUUUUCGGCCAGUGAAGGCAUUUUCAACCAACGAUUUUACCGUCAGCUUGGAGAUGGUGAAGACUUGAACGCCGGUGUGCGCGUGGUGCUGGGGAAAGUCCCUGGUCAGACCGAGGGGUCGUGUGCCGAAGUUCUGAAAGUCGGCGAGGAGAAGCAGACAGUUCAGGUGCGCCUUGAUGAUGAAGGCGAGGUUCUGGACGUCGAUGUCAAGCACGUGGUUGGCACCGCGCUGGAUGUUGUGAUUUGGGAUCUUCCUGGAGUUGGCACGCCGAGCUUUCCCCAGGCCACAGAGUGGUCGAACGGUCGCUUGCUAAACGAGACCUUGAACUCCUUGCAAUCGGGAGACACGCUGCUCAUCCCUAAGAAGUCUUUUCACCUCAUGGGAGGCAUCCUUGCCGGAGCUUUGCAGAAUGUGGUCAUCCAAAUCGAUGGGUCUCUCAUCUUCUCUUCAAGGAAAAAGGCUUGGCCAAGACAUCCGGGUGGAGGGGUGCUGAGCUGCCUCCGUUUUGAGAAUGUUGUAAACUUGACCCUGACAUCAUCUGGCAAAGGCACGUUGGAUGGCCAGGGCAAAGCGUGGUGGGGCAUCUUGAAUAUUUGA